AUGGACUAUGGUAGGUUAGGAUUAUCCGACCCUGGAGGUUCGACUCCCUCCGAACCUAUAAUCCAUCCCAAACAAAGAUCUUCUUCAAAGAAGAAAAUCAUUUUCUUAUCACUCCUUGCUGUGUUAUUCAUCGUUGCCUGCGCCGUUUCCGCCGCAAUGCUCACUGGAAUCCACACCCGCGGCGGAAACCAGCAUAAAGAUCCAUCUCUCCGACGUAAUCCAACGCAAGCAAUCUCUCGAACAUGUAGCAAAACUCGUUUCCCUUCACUCUGUGAAACCUCUCUUCUGGAAUAUCCUGGAUCCACAAUCGCUACAGAGAAAGACCUUAUCCACAUUUCCCUCAACAUGACGCUACAGCAUCUCUCCAAAGCACUCUACUCCUCCGCCUCUAUCUCCUCCACCGUCGGCAUGAACCCUCGCAUCCGCGCCGCUUAUCAAGAUUGUCUCGAACUUCUUGACGACUCCGUUGACGCUCUCACUCGCGCAUUGACCUCCGUCGUACCUUCCUCCUCCUCCUCCAAAGGCGCCGUUAAGCCGCUUACCUCAUCCGACGAUGUACUCACGUGGCUGAGCGCUGCACUUACAAACCAAGACACGUGUGCUGAGGGUUUUACCGACACUUCCGGUGCAGUGAAAGAUCAGAUGGCGAAUAACAUAAAGGACUUGUCGGAGCUAGUGAGUAAUUGCUUAGCUAUUUUCUCUAACUCCGGCGCCGGAGAUGAUUUCUCCGGUGUUCCUAUACACAAUAAGAGACGGUUAAUGACAAUGCCGGAAAAUGAUUUUCCGAUAUGGUUGAGAAAACGAGAGAGAAGAUUGUUGGACUUGCCGGUGUCGGCGUUACAGGCUGAUGUGAUAGUUUCUAAAGACGGUAACGGAACGGUGAAAACUAUAUCGGAAGCUCUUAAAAAGAUACCUGAAUACGGUAACCGACGCUUCAUUAUCUAUAUCAGAGAAGGAAGGUAUGAAGAAGACAAUUUAAAGAUUGGAAGGAAGAAAACUAAUGUUAUGAUCAUGGGGGACGGAAAGGGAAAGACUGUGAUCACAGGGGGCAAAAAUGUUAUGCAAAAUUUGACCACAUUUCACACUGCUUCCUUUGCUGCUAGUGGUCCAGGUUUCAUUGCAAGGGACAUGACAUUCGAGAACUACGCCGGACCAUCAAAGCACCAAGCGGUAGCCCUCCGCGUAGGAUCAGACCACGCGGUGGUCUACCGUUGCAACAUCAUCGGAUACCAAGACACAAUGUAUGCACAUUCCAAUCGUCAAUUCUACCGCGAAUGUGACAUAUACGGCACCGUAGACUUCAUAUUCGGCAAUGCUGCAGUUGUUUUUCAAAACUGCAGCCUCUACGCAAGAAAGCCCAUGGCCCAGCAAAAGAACACCAUCACAGCCCAAAACAGAAAAGACCCGAAUCAGAACACUGGUAUAUCAAUCCAUAAUUGUAGAAUCCUAGCCACACAGGAUCUAGAAGCAUCCAAGGGAAACUUCACAACAUAUCUGGGCCGUCCAUGGAAACUAUACUCUAGAACUGUCUACAUGUUAUCAUACAUGGGGGAUCAUUUAAAUCCACGUGGGUGGUUAGAAUGGAACACAACUUUUGCUUUAGACACUUUGUAUUAUGGUGAAUACAUGAAUUAUGGCCCGGGUGGAGCUAUUGGCCAACGGGUAACCUGGCCUGGUUUUCGGGUUAUUACGUCCACCGUGGAAGCUAAUAGAUUCACGGUGGCUCAGUUCAUAUCGGGUUCCACAUGGUUGCCGUCUACUGGAGUGGCAUAUGUAGCUGGCUUAAAUACCUGA